AUGGUUAAAGAAGUAAUGAUGGAGCGUCUCGAUUGCAAUUAUGAUGGCGAAACAAGAAUUGAGAAGUUUGAUAGGCAAAUCAAUUGCUUUAGUCUAUGGCGGGUGACGUUAAAGGCUUUGUUAGUUCAAUUAGACAAGGCUUUGUUGGAAAAUGACAAGAAACUUGAAAAUAUGGUGGAGGAUAGUAAGUUAAAUCCAGCUUAUAUUCUAAGGAAUAUAUUGAGGGAAAAAGUAUAUGGUGAGAGUGAAGGCUAUGCUGAUAAAUUAUUUGUGCAAGAAAAACUAGUUGAGAGGAAAAAUGGCAACAGAUGGAUUUCUGGUUCACUUUUCAUUUAUCAAGAGACAAUUAAUAAAAUUUUGGGUGUUCCUACCAUGCUUCCGUCCCAUAGAGAUUGGCUUGCAUCCUCUGAAUCGAUCAACGAUAGUAAAGUUCUUGUGAAAAACAACAUGCCCUGCAAGACUAGUGGGAUAAGAACUAUUAGAGUCAAAAUGCAUGAUGGUAUUCUAAGGACAUUAUUUGAUGUUAGACAUGUUCCAGAUUUGAAGAAAAUCUUAUCCCUUGAUUCCAAUGGUUGCAAGUACAUCACUAAAGGUGGAGUUUUGAGGUUUCUAAAGUUAUGGCCCCCAAAGCGCUACAAGCUAGUCAAGGGUAAUAGAUGGCCCUCCUUCCAGAUUCGUCCUCUCCAUGGGUUUCACACAAGUGUUAUGGCUCCACCAAAAAAGAAAACUAAGGGGAAUGUGGUAGCUGUAGAUUGCCGUAAUGAAGAGUUGAAAGAAAUGGAUGAAAAAUGCCAUAAUGAAGUUCCGAACCAAGAACAAUGCAAGUUGAAGGAUAAUGAUCCGUUAAAGCCAAUGUCAAUGGAGGAAAUUUCUGAAAAGUGGAAAGCUUUAGGAGACCAUGCUAAGCGAAAGUACAAGAAAAAAUCUAUCAGGAGUACCGAGAAAUACAAAGAGCACAAAAUUAAGCUUGAUCUUCCGAAGGGUCCGAAGGUGAACACCUUUACAUCAAGGACUCAACUUAAGGCGGCUUAUGAUAGGAUGCAAGAACUUGAUCCGCAUCAAGUAGAGAGUGUAAAAGCUAUAGGGUUUGGAGGUAUCUUACAACUGAAAUGUACGAAGUUAGAUCGAACUCUUUGUGAGUUGUUGGUGCAAAAUUUCGAUCCUGUGUCUCUUUGCUUGCAUGUGCAUGGCAAAGAUUGCAUAAUUACACCACUAGAUGUGAACCACAUUUUAGGAUUGCCAUGUGGUGGCCAAAGGGUGAUCCUUGAAGGGGAAUAUACCGAAAUUCAUGAAUUGUGUUUGAGGCAUAAAGUACGUGACCAAGGUUCUAUAUCUUUUGAUCAUUUACACAAUUAUUUGAUGAACAACAAAAAGGACGACGAUGACUUCAAGGUUUCAUUUGUGUUGUACAUAAUGGGGACUAUUCUAUGUCCAACAUCAGAAUUUGGAGUCAAUAAGCGUUUUCUCCAUGCAUUAAAGGACUUGUUCUCUGUACGGGAGUUGGACUGGAGCCAAUUUGUUCUUAAGUUUUUAGCCGAAGGGAUUCAAAAGUAUCAGAAAGGACGCAAAGUGAUUCGGGGAUGUCUAUUGUUCCUAAUGUUGUUUUACUUAGAGCAUUGCACGCCAGCCAAAUAUUUCACUUCCCGAUGUGGUAUGCGACCUUCACCCCGCCUCUCAGCUUGGGGAGAUAAAGACAUAAGGGAGAGAGCUUGUUGGUUCAAUAAGAUAAGAAAACGGAAAGGUGAAAAGGUCAAAGUCAUUGUUGAAGAUGGAAUUGGCAAGAGAGAGAGAAUGAUGAAUCAAGGAAGGGAGGUUGACCAUGAUAAAUCAAUGGAGAAUGACCAGGUUAAAAAUCUAACUAGUAUGGUAGAGAGAAUGUCGAGCCUCUUAGAAGAGACAUUGGCCGCUAUGCAUGAGAAAGAUAGUAAACAUAAAUAUUCUGCGACUAAUAGAGGCAUUAACAAGAAAGACACUCCAUCUGCCUUGGAGGAACCCGAUGUUGAAGGACAUUUUAAAACUAAGAAGGCAAAAUGCACCGAAAAUGCAUUAUCGGAUCAGAUGACAUCUCCUCUAAAGACAAACAAGGAAAAAGCCAAGGAGGAAGCUAAAUUGAAUGCUUCAUCAAAGAAAUUACGAAAGAUGGCAGCUAAUGUUCAUGAGGCCUUGUCUCGUACGGCUCCUGCAAUUGAUGGCAAGAAUAAGUGGGAAAAAAAAUUGAAGACAAAUAGGUUUGACAAAUCUCAGCCGCUGAAGAGAAAUGCCAACAAGAAGCCUACCAUGGAAGCGGAACCCAAGAGGGCAGAUGUAAUGGCCACACUUUCCAACGAAAAGCAGUUGAUGCUAAGAUAUGUCUUUGACCAUAUCCAGUCUGAAAGGGAAAUUCUUUGUGACUUGGGCAUAGAGCAUUUAAAUAGGCAUGAUUUUUUUUCUACAAGGCCGAAUGAGUGGAUUGAGAGUGGACUGAUAAACUUAGUUGCUUUGAAAAAAACUCUACUACAAAAGAAGAGGUACCCGACUGGAUUAUGGCCAACGUGGUAUUUGCCCACCUAUUUUUCGAAUUAUGCUUUGCGUGGUGGUUUGAAUGCCAAAAGUUGGGCCAGAAAUUAUACGGGAACUCAUCGAUACACGGGGGAACCCCAAGCAUGUGAACGGGUGUACAUCCCAAUAAAUGAUUCAGACAGUCAUUGGUCUUUCCUUGUUUUGAUGAAUGUUGAAAAAUUUUAUGCCUGCUUGUGGUGA